GAUCACUCACCCCCAGAUCUCCGCAAAGUCACGAGUCUCUGCCACAUUCUGCGGCAAUAGUCGUUCUUUCCCUUCUCCUACAGGCUACAGGCUGCUCAUCAUCCCGCUCUCCAGCCCACUUCAGAUCCUGCGCCAUCGGGCCGCACCCCGGGACCAAUCGGUGGACGUCAAUGGCUAAACAUGAAUCAGCGGCCUCGUCCCCGAGGCUCGCUCCAUUGCGGAGUACCGGCGGGAUUGCAACGAUGGGAUUCGCUCAAUAUCUCCCCGACAGCGGGACUCUGCCGUGCUGCGUGUGAGCCCUCUCUCCAAGACGACCCCUCCGAUUAAUCCUCCGCACGCCUCUUGCUCCAAGGAAUUUUGUCGUACAAGAGACGAGAUUCACUUCAGUCUUGAGCCGCUUCUCCCGGCUGAAUUGUGUUCCUCUCGAUUCAUCACAACCGUUUUCUCUCUGUUUCGUCGUCCUUUUUGUUGGUGUGUGUGAGAGAUACCCAUUCUGAGAAAAUCACCAUGGUUCGUCUUCGCGAUGGCAUGUGGCUGCCCGCCGAGGGCACGGCGACAGAGUACGCAGAGGAAGUUUACUACACCACUGAGAUUGAGGGCGGAAAGGGCCUCAGCUUGUUGUGCCCGACGAGAAAGAUCAAGACGCGGGGUCACACCUUGAAUGCGAGCACAGUCACUCUUGAUGUCAAGGCCGAAUUCGACGGCGUCAUCUCAGUCGAGGCAACGCACUGGGCCGGCGCCCUCAACAAGGGCCCCCAUUUUGAGCUCUUCCCCGACGGCAAACCACCAGACGCCGAGACAAAAAUCACAAAGGGCGACAAGGGCACGACGACCCUGACCUCGGGCUCGCUGUCCGCGACCAUCCACCCAGACUUUGACAUACAGUUCCAUAGCACCGACGGCGCCAAGCGGCUGACGUCGCUGGGCAGCCGAAGCGUCGGCCUCGCCUACAACCCCGCGCCAAGCACCCCGAUGCAGACGGGCGACAUGCGCGACUUCAAGCACUACAUGUUCACCCAGACCACCCUCGGCGUCGGCGAGACCAUCCACGGCCUCGGCGAGCGCUUCGGCGCCUACAACAAAGUCGGCCAGUCCAUCUCCCUCUGGAACGCCGACGGCGGCACGUCCAGCGAGCAGGCCUACAAGAACGUCUCCUUCUGGCUCAGUUCCAAGGGCUACGGCGUGUUUAUCGACACACCGGGGCGGGUGGAGCUCGAGGUCGGCAGCGAGCGCUGCAACCGCCUGCAGACAGUCGUCGAGGGCCAGCGGCUCAAGUGGUACCUCAUCUACGGGCCGACCCCGAAAGACAUCCUCAAGCGCUACACCACGCUCACGGGCCGCGCCGGCAAAGUGCCCAGCUGGAGCUUCGGCCUGUGGCUGACGACGAGCUUCACGACGAACUACGACGAGGAGACGGUCAACACGUUCCUCGAGGGCAUGAAGGCCCGCGGCUCGCCCGUCGACGUGUUCCACUACGACUGCUUCUGGAUGAAGGCCUUCACCUGGACCGACUUCGUCUUUGACUCGGAGCGCUUCCCGGACCCGAAGGCGCAAAUCGCCCGCCUGAAAGAGUCGGGGCUGUGCAAAAAGGUCUGCGUCUGGAUCAACCCCUAUAUCGCGCAGCACGGCGAGGCCUUCAAAGAGGCCGCGGACAAGGGCUACCUCGUCAAGCGCAAGAACGGCGAUGUCUGGCAGUGGGACCUGUGGCAGGCCGGCAUGGGCCUCGUGGACUUCACCAACCCGGACGCCUGCGCGUGGUACGAGGAGAAGCUCAACACCCUCUUCGACCAGGGCGUCGACGCCAUCAAGACGGAUUUCGGCGAGCGCAUCCCGACCCUCGACGUUGAGUGGCACGACAAGACGAUCGACCCCGUCAAGAUGCACAACUACUACGCCUUCUCCUACAACAAGGUCGUCUACGAGGCCCUCCAAAAGCGCUACGGCGCCGACGAGGCCGUACUCUUCGCGCGCGCCGCGUGCGCCGGCACCCAGCGGUUCCCGCUCCAGUGGGGCGGCGACUGCGAGUCCACGCCCGAGGCCAUGGCCGAGUCGGUGCGCGGCGGUCUGGGGCUCGGCCUCAGCGGCUUCUCGUUCUGGAGCUGCGAUAUCGGCGGGUUCGAGGGGUACCCGCCGCCGUGGAUCUACAAGCGGUGGGUGGCCAUGGGCCUGCUGUGCAGCCACAGCCGGCUGCACGGGAGCAGCUCGUACCGCGUGCCGUGGGUGAUUGACGACGACGACAAGUCCGAAGAAGGGUGCUCGCAGACGCUGGCGACGUGGACGAAGCUCAAGGCGAGGUUGAUGCCGUAUAUCUAUGCGCAGGCGCAGACGGCGGUGGAGAGGGGCCUGCCGCUCUCGCUGCGGGCCAUGUGCAUCGAGUUCCCCGAGGACCCGACGUCGUGGUACCUCGACCGGCAGUUCAUGGUCGGCGACAGCCUGCUUGCGGCGCCCAUCUUUGAGGAGUCGGGCGAGGUGGAGUUUUACCUCCCCAAGGGCAAGUGGACGUCGUUCUUCUCCGGGGAGCACCGCGAGGGGCCGGGCUGGUUCAAGGAGACGCACGGGUUCGGGACGCUGCCGCUGUAUGUCAGAGAGAAUACCGUUCUCGUGCUGGGAUCCGAGACGGCCGUCGGCGCCGUGUAUGACUACAGGAGGGACAAUGAGGUGCGGCUGUACCAGGUCAAGGAGGGGGCGACGGCGACGCUGGUGGGGAGUGACGGUAAGGAGAUUGGUGUUUUGGAGGUUGGGGCGGAUGGGAAGCUCAAGGAUACCGUCUUGUUGAAUGGCAAGAUUUCCAUCAAGGAGCUCUGAAGUGUUGGUAGAUGGUUAUGAUGAUGAUGACAUGUGUGGG